AUGUGGCGGGCGCAGCUGCUGGUGGCUUGCCUGCUGGCGGCGGUCGACGCCGCGGGACGCACGGCCGCGCAGCCGUCCGGCGGCGGCGACGGCAGCGGCGGGCCUCCCAGCGGCAGGGGCAGCCAGGCAGCCACCGGAGAGUGGGCUGCCGUGGGCAGCAGGCAAAUGGACGUACAGAGCCUUUUGUACCUGCGCAACGCCGUGGACAACUGGGGCGAGUUCUCGGCGGCCAAUGAGUUCAGAGGGUGGGACGCCUCCACGCCGCCCUGCUCCUGGAGCGGCGUCACCUGCAGCGACGACGGCACCAUCCUUACGCUCUCCUGGCAGUGCCGGGCGUGCGAGGUGCGGGCGGUGGGCACGCUGCCUGCGGAGCUGGGCGCCAUGCGCACGCUCGCCACCCUCGACCUGCAGAGCAACAGGUUUUACGGCAGCCUGCCGCGGCUGUGGGGCGAGGUGGACACGUGGCCGGCACUACAGAACCUGUACCUCAACGACAACAACCUCAGCGGCAGCCUGCCCCCGAAGUGGGGAGACCCCGGCUCGCUGCCCAGCCUGCUGCAGCUGCGCGCCGACAGCAACCGCCUCACGGGCACGCUACCCCAGGAGUGGGGCAUCCAGGAGACGUCCAUGCGGGAGCUGGGAUGGGGCACCCCCGGCGCCUUCCCUCAGCUGUCGGUGCUGGCGCUGGACGCUAACCGCCUCACCGGCACGCUGCCAGACAUCUGGGGCGCCUCGGCCGCCAUGAACUUUCUUCAGGAGCUGUACCUUCAGAAGAAUGAGAUGAGCGGCGGGCUGCCCGCCAGCUGGGGCGCCCACCACGGCAUGCCGCGCCUGCGCUUCUUCUUUGCGGCGAACAACCCGCUGGGAGGCACUCUGCCUGCGUCGUGGGGCCAGAACGGAUCCUUCCCGGAGCUCAAGACGCUGGAUCUCAACGCCACCAUGCUGUACGGCACGCUGCCGCCGCAGUGGGGCGACCCUCGGGUCAUGCCCACCCUGGACGCCAUGCGCCUUCAAAACAACGACCUCUCCGGCUCCAUACCUCCCGAGUGGCGCGGCUUCACCGCCCUCUCCCGGCUGAUCAUCCGGCCGGGCAACCCGCGGCUGUGCGGCCCGCCGCCGCCGGGCCUGCCUUACUCACUGUGUGACGACAGGGACCUCACCUGCCUGCGGGUGCCAGUAGAGCUCAACGCCACCUGCGGCCCCAUCCUGGCCCCGCCGCCAGCCCCUGCGCCGGAACCGCCGCCGGCUUCUGCCGCCACCAACGCCGCGCCAGCAGUAGCAGCAAGCGGGGACGUGACCGCUUUGCAGGAAGCGACCACGCAAGCCGCCGCGCCACAGCCUGGCGACGACAGUGGCGGCGACGGCGGCAAAGUGGGGGCUAUCGUAGGAGGCGUGGAAGAGGAGAUGGAGAGGGGCGGCCCAGGCGGCGGCUCCGGAGCCACCAACGGCGCCGGGCCGCUGCCGCCCUCGCCGUUUGCCGUUGUCGCGGAGCCAGUGCGUGCAGCCUACAGUACCUCCCACAGCAGCCGUACCGCAGCCUCGCCCGCCCCCGCCAGCAGCAUCCGCACGCCGCCGCCGCCCGAGCGCCGCCCCAGCCGCCUGGCCAGCCUGAUGCAGGGCAGCGGCCUGCUGCCCAGCAGCAGCGGCAGCCUGCUGUACCGCUGGUGCAGCGACUCCCGUACCGCCUCCCUGGAGCUGCCGCCCACGUCGCGGACGGAGGCGGAGGCUGCGGGCGGCGGCAUGCAAGUGAUGGCACAGAUUGCUGAGGAGGGGCAGGGCGGGUCGUUUGGGCACAAGCAGGCGCCGCCCGAGGAGGAGCGCCCGCCCAGCAGCCCGCUGGGCAGCGCCAGCACGCGCGCCAGCGGCAGCGCCAGCGGACGCCCCAUCACCCGCUUCCUGUCGCAGUCGCUGCCCUGGAGCGACUGGGAGAUCAGGCCUGAGGAGAUCGAGAUAGCCAAGCGCCCCGACGGCUCCGACUGGCUGCUGGGCAGCGGCGGGUUUGGCAAGGUGUACAAGGCGCUGCGGCACGGCGUGCAGCCGGUGGCGGUCAAGAUAAUCCCGGUGCUGGGCGACAUGCAGCACCCGGCGGCGCUGGCGGAGGCGCGCCAGGAGAUUGCCAUCCUGCGGGCCUGCCGGGACGUCAACAUCGUGCAGUUUGUGGGCGCCUACCUCACCCCCGACCAGACCAUGCUGGUGACGGAGUAUAUGGAGGGAGGGGACCUGCUGCACAACAUCGCGGCGGGGAGGGUCACGUGGUACCGGCGCGGCAAAAAGAUUGUGCUGGACGUGGCACGCGGCCUCGUCUUCCUCCACUCCCGCCGCGUCGUGCACUUCGACCUCAAGUCGCCAAACAUACUGCUGGCGCGGGAUGGCACCGCCAAGAUUGCCGACGUGGGCAUGGCCAAAAUUAUGAACCGGGACUACGUGACAGGGGUGGUGUCCACGCUGGCAUGGUCCGCCCCCGAGAUGCUGUGGGGCAUCAAGUGCACCGAGAAGGCAGACAUCUACUCGUACGGCAUCGUGCUUUGGGAGAUCUGCGCCGGGCAGGCCCCCGAGCGAGGCCGUCUGCGCGACCUGCGGGUUCCCGAGGAGUGCCCCGAAGAGGUGCGGCAGCUGAUCCUGGAGUGCCUGGACUCGCGCCCCUCGCUGCGCCCCUCCGCCCUGCAGCUCGUGGAGAGGCUCGCCGCGGUGCCAGCGGGCCCCGCGCCGCCCCAGCCGCGCCGCUCGGCAGACGUCGUGCAGCGGCGCGGCGGGCGGCAGGCGGGGGCGGCGGAUGCGGCGGGAGCGGGAGCGCCCGUGGCGGCGGAGCCAGCUGGGGCGCCGGUCGCAUGA